AUGCAUUCGCUUCGCAGAGUCUUUGCUCUUGUCCAGCCCAAACCCUGGUUAUAUCCAGUCCGAUUCCUAAGAAUGAAAAUCUGGCGUAAGAAAACCACUUAUACAGAAGAUGGGCUAAAGUGGUUUGGAAUAAUAUGGGCUGCCGUAUUUCAGUUCUGUGUGGUGAAAUUCCUCGGAGCUCUUGUAAAAUGUAUUACAGAAGCUGCAGGUGUCUACUGCGAAGAAUCCAGCAGUAUUAAACAUGGCAGGAUUUGGAUCCAGAUCAUUGAGAUUAUUUCCCUGGUCACCGCCAUGUUCUGUCUGCUUCAAUUCUAUAGCCAGACUAAGGUAGUCCUCGCGGAACGGAACCCCCUUCUCAAGUUCGUGGCCAUCAAGUUGGUUGUUUUCCUAUUUUAUGUCCAGUCGUUCAUCUUCGGACGGCUUACCGCCGAACACGGCAAAUUACAGCCUACAGACAAACUAUCGUAUCCUUCAGUAUCUGUAGGCAUUCCGAACACUCUUUUAUGCAUCGAGAUGGCAGGUGUAGCAGUCCUUCAUCUUUGGGCAUAUCCGUGGCAAGAAUACGGCGGCAAUAUGACUCGGACGUCGGAAAGUCCCAGUUCCGACAACAUGAUGCACUUCCCUUGCCAACAAACCUCUUUCCCACUACCCUGGUGGCAAGCGCUUGUCCAUGUACUCAGCUUCGGUGAUCUUUUAAAAGGAAUUGUGGAAGGCUUUCAUGGACUUCGAAGCAGUCGGCGUAAUGCAAUAAUGGCCCACUACAUGGGUGCAGGGAUCGAGGGCAGGGCAAGCCCGCACAAUACAAAGGAUCUUUCUGACGCAUUGGACCUGGUGCAUCGAGCCCCGGGUUAA